AGCCGCACGCGCAACGUGAGUGUUGCAAUUGUGGCGCCAGCUUGCCAGAGAGCACCCCGAGAGUGGUGCUACCUGCUGAUUGUCGAGGGGGAGGACCUUGUCCUAGUAUAUGAAUGGGCGGGAAUCGGCCCGUUCCAAAGAAAGACGUACGUACUGGACAACCACAAAUUUCAAUUUUUUCUUCAUGACUCAAGACAGAAAACCACUCAUUAUCACCGCCUUCGACAUGGGAUGCCUGGGGCUUCAAGCUCCAGGGCUUUGGAAACAUCCCAAGGACCAGUCGGCCAAGAAAGACUUGAACUACUGGACCAACUUGGCCAAGCUCUUGGAAGAAGGGAAGUUCAAUUCUUUCUUCAUUGCCGAUGUCAUUGGUGGGUACGAUGUUUACAAUGGCCCACGUAACCUCACGGCUGCCGAGACUUCUGGAGCUCAAUGGCCUGUUCUUGAACCAAGUUUGUUUGUUCCAGCCAUGGCUGCUGUGACCAAGAACAUUGCCUUUGGGGUCACCUUCAGUACCAUCAGUGAAUCACCAUAUCUUUUCACCAGAAGAUUGGCCACCUUGGACCAUUUGACCAAUGGACGUGUUGGAUGGAACGUGGUGUCUUCCUAUUUGGACAGUGCUGCUAGAAACACUCUUGGUGGUCAAGACUUGCCUCCACAUGACGAGAGAUAUGUCCGGGCCGAGGAAUACCUCCAAGUCGUUUACAAGUUAUUUUUAUCGUCCUGGAGUGAUGAUGCCGUCAAGUUGGACCGUGAACUGGGAGUGUUCACCGAUCCAGAAAAGGUUAGAGAGAUCAAUCAUGUUGGUAAAUAUUUCAAUGUUCCAGGACCAAACAUUGUCCAUCCAACCCCACAAAGAUUGCCCGUGAUCUUACAAGCCGGUGCCUCAUCUGCCGGUAAGGACUUUGCCGCCAGGAACGCUGAAGUUGUGUUCUUGACCGUGUUCACUCCAGAAAAGUUGGCCUUGGAAAUUGCUGCUGUUAAGAAGAUUGCCAAGGAAAAGUAUGGAAGAGAAGAAGGGUCCAUCAAGUUUGUUCAAUUGCUCACCACCAUCAUUGGCAAGACCCACGAAGAGGCUGCAAGCAAGUACAAGGAGUACAAGAGCUACGGGGACAAAGAGGGUGCCCAAGCCUUGUUCAGUGGAUGGACCGGGAUCGAUAUCGGUAAGUACGGAAAGGACGAAGAACUUGUUCACGUUGAAAGUAAUGCCGUGCGUGGGUUUGUCGAAAACUGGACCAAACUCUCCCCUGGAGAUGACCCAAAUAUCAAGAAGACCAGAGACUACGUGGCGGACCAGAUCACCGUUGGAGGACUUGGUCCUGUUUUCUGGGGUACUGCCGAAGAAGUGGCAGACAAGAUCGAACACUGGGUGGACGUGUCCAAGGUUGACGGGUUCAACUUCACGUACGCCGUGACCCCAGGCACUUUCGAAGACAUUGUCUACGAAUUGAUCCCUGUCUUGCGUAAGAGAGGCUUGGCAUGGGAGGACUACCCUAAGGAAGGACUCACUUUCAGAGAGCAAUUGUUUGGAACAGACCGUGAAGAGUCAACCUUUGUCGAAGAGUCCCACCCGGCACACAAGUUGAGAUGGAGAGCUGGAGUUUCCAAGGAGGAAUUUGAAGCUCUGUUGGAAAAAUAGGAUAUAUGAUACAUAGCACAUGAAUUGACGUUAUAGCAGA